AUGUUUUCUGUUAUUAGAUCUUCAGUACAGCGUAAUUUAAAUAGAUCAAUUGCUACAUCUUUAAUCAAAGCGAAAGAAAUAGAUCCUACACAAGAAGCUUCUUUGAAGGAGCAAUGUUACCUAGUAGAUGUUAAUGACAAUAUUAUUGGCCAAGCAAGCAAAAAAGAAUGUCAUUUGGUACAAAAAAAUGGGGACAUACCUUUGCACAGGGCAUUUAGUGUAUUUUUAUUCAAUAAGAAAGGAGAUCUGCUCUUACAGAAGAGGUCUUCAUCAAAGAUUCGUUAUCCUGAACACUACACAAAUUCGUGUUGUGAACACCCUAUAGCGGAUUGUCCAGGUGAAAAUGAAGAAAAUAAUGCAUUUGGUGUAAAAAGAGCUGCUAUAAGGAGACUGCAUUAUGAAUUAGGCAUAGAAAAAGAAACAAUUCCAUUAGAAAAAUUUGUCUAUAUAACAAGAAUGUAUCAUAAAGAUGAAGGGGAUGGAAAAUGGGGUGAUCAUGAAAUAACCUAUAUACUAUUUUUACAUAUAGAUAUUAAAAUUAAACCUGGUCUUAAGCCUAAUUCAGAUGAAGUUUCAGAAAUUAGUUUUGUGCCUAGAAAUGCCCUUGAUCAGCAUCUACCUACUUUGAUUGGCCAAUUUACUCCUUGGUUCCAAGCAAUUCUAAAACAUAGAUUAAAACUGUGGUGGGAUCAUUUACAUAAACUUGAUGAAAUUGUAGAACAUAACAAAAUUCAGAAACUUCCAGUUUGCUGUGAUCAAUAA